AAAUGUCUUCCCUCUGCUAACUGCUUGCCCCUACCAGUUUGGGUCUCCCACCUGGAAAUUUGGGAUUGGUUUCCUGGGACCUGUUGCUCAAAUAUCCAGGUCCACCUGCAAAGUGCAUUUUUGUUUGUCCAUUUCUGGUCCCUUUGCUCAAUCACUUCCCGGUGUAUACGAGUGUGUGCAUUUCUGCGUAUUUGUGAGUGACUCACCUUCUGAAUUUGCGUCUCUGAAAAACACAGGAAGUUGGCCAAAAUGAACAAACGACUUGGGUUUCGUGUCACUUUUGUGCAGUUGCCUAACUUUUUUGUUUUUGCUCAGAAAAGGUGACAAAAGGCACAGCGGCUUCUGGGGCCUCUUGUCUAUGGAAAAUGUGCUUUGUACCUGCUCAGAAGUACUCUUUUGUCGUUUGUCUGUCUUGGGGAUAAACCAAGAAAGGCAGAGCCACCUGCUCGGUUUCAUUCACUCCUUCCUGCCCAAUCAAGCAAGAACGGGGGAAACGGAGGCAGCUGAUGAUUAGCAGUUAAGAACUGUUCCUUGAAAACCUCAGGAACCUCAGGCCUUGUCUGAAGAAACCUAGAAGAAGGAUUACUCUGGAGCCCAGCUUUUAUUGAUGGAACAACUCCAGUUGGGCCACCUAGCAUCUUCCUUGUUGAUCAAGAAGCCUGCCCUGAUGUGAUGGCCUAGCCCAUCACUCUGUCACCAAAUCCAAGUUGCAGAAAUGACAGUGUUUUUGGUGCUUGUAAGAUGCCCCUUCUGCUUUGCAAGUCAGGGUAAUUCUCAAACCUGAUGUUUAAAACAACUGACGAUGUGUAGAUGAAGUUCUUCUUAGCCUUGACCCAUUCCACACCAAGAGGGCCCGGGCUCUGGAAUUCUGCUCCCAUGGAAAAAUCAAGGUCCUUGUUCAGGAACGUAAUUGGCCACAAGAUGCUCUUUGUUGUCUUCCUACUUUUCCCCACAGAUAUUCUUGUAGAGGGACAAAAUACAACCAAGCUUGUUAUUACAUCAAAUGUAACCCCCCACGUAGAUGCAAUAGCCAGUUCAAAUGCAAGCGCCACAUCUUUCCCAGCAUCUUCUAAGAUGACUAAGGAGAUUUCUACGACAUCUGUGACAUCACACACUGAUGCCACAAUGCCUGGCACUCUCAGCCAACAACCAGCACUGUCCUUCAAAGCAUCACCUCCAGUCUCAAAACAAGAAGUACAUCCUCCCACUGUCACGAACACUGCUGUCCCAGUAGAUACUUCGUCUCCUAUGCCAAGUAAAGUUGCUGUCAUUACCAAAGAAAAAGACCGUCGUACGGAAACUACAGGGGAAAAAAAAACCAAACUGCAGAAGGAAAUUCCCUCUAAAACGACUGUCACGCCACACUUUGUUAGCGAGUCGGUAUCUUCUCCAACGAAGGAUGUGGGAACCAGAUCCCAAGGGGCCUUCUUGGAUCAAUCACCAAGUGCAAUUGCCUACCCAGAAACAACAAAGAGCACAGAAGCAAAAGAGGACAAAAAAGGGCCAAUCCCACCAGAUCAAGCUGUUCCAGAAUUAACUCAGAGUCCCGAGAGUGGCACCCACUAUACGUCUGGUCCUUUUACCACUUCAGUGGCACUUACCAGCACUAGUGCAACACAUGACAAUCCUAAAACCAGCUCCGGGCAGAAGAAACACCCUAUCAUCAUUUUGGCCAUUGUUUUCGGCAUCGUGCUGCUUGCAGGCCUCAUAGUUUUCCUGUACUUAAGGCGCCGCCGUCACUCUGGCUCCACCAGUUUCAAUUCCCCAGAAUGGGCCGGACAAGCAACGUUGCCAGACGACACGGGCCUGGAUAAGGACGUGGAGCAACAGGCGGGAUCUGGAGGGGAAGGGGAAACACGGCGUGGGACUCUUGUGACUUUCUUUGGGAAGCGUCAGUCUAGGGUACCUUCAAUAGCUAUGGAAGAUAUCAAUGGGAAAGGCGGCAAGGCGGAAAGAGAGCAGCUGCUGUCUGGAGAGGCUGAGGUGAUGGCAGUGAGGGGUUGUGCCUGAAGAAUAACGAGCAUUGAACAGGCUUUGAGUCUGCAUUGGAGAAGAAAGUCUUGAUCAUCAUCGCUGGAAAGAAAGUAGAUUAACAAAAAUUCUGCUUGCUAUUUUUUUUUUUAUGAUGCUGCAAAUUGCUUGGCUGAUUCAUGAUCAGAAAUGAAUGGCUUUUAUACAUACAUUUUAGGAAUAUCCUAACUGGAUUGUUUUUAUUAACUCAUAUUCUAUUAAAUCAGUUUUUUUCAUUGUAUCCGCUCUCUGGGAAUAUCUCCAAAGAAAAGGCUUUAUAUUGGCAUCCCAAAAGAGCUGAUAUAGGUAGCAGUAAGACAUGUGUAGGUUUAACUGCUUUUAUUUAAUUCAGAGACCUUUCCAAUUAUUCUACUGUGCUUUGUCCUUCAAAUGUACUAAGUUUAAAACAGUCAGAGGAGAGGAAAGUCAUUUUAGAAAACUUCCUUUCUUAAAAGCCUUUGGAUAAAGGCAAAAUGGAAAUAUCUAGUAGACACAAUGUACAAAAUGUAUAAAUACAAGAGUUUAAAUUUUGAAUCAUAUGAACAUAUAUUAAGUAGGAAAUAGCAUUAUGCUUUGCCUGUCCUUGCUAAUAUAUCAAAGGUUUGUUUCUGUGGGUUCCUGUGGAUUUCAGAGAAUUUAGCAGGUUAAACUAAUUCAUCUUAUUACAUAACUUUUACUUAAUUUUUCCUAGGGUAAUAACAUUUAAUCCUGAAUAAUUUUACUCUUGAUGCUGAAUAAUUUCAGAGGAACUAUUAACAAAGAAUAGUCAAAGCUAUGGUUUUCCCAAUUGCAAUGUAUGGCUGUGAAAGUUGGACCAUAAGAAAGGCUGAGCGCCUU